ACUUGGAACCGCCCCCUACAUGUGAGCCCAGUCGGCUGCACCACGCGCGGCGUGUGGCGGAGAGAAACCGGUAGGAAAGGCAACGUCAUCCCUCGGACCACAGACGAGACGUAGCGCGGAACCGAGAGAGUGGAGCGGCGUUGUCCGAGGCAGGUUGCUGAACAACUGCGGCUGAAAGAUGGCGGACGACCCCAGCGCGGCGGACAGGAACGUGGAGAUCUGGAAAAUCAAGAAGCUGAUCAAAAGUUUGGAAGCUGCCCGCGGUAAUGGCACCAGCAUGAUCUCCCUGAUCAUCCCACCUAAGGACCAGAUUUCUAGAGUGGCCAAAAUGUUGGCGGACGAGUUUGGCACCGCCUCCAACAUCAAGAGUCGAGUCAACAGACUCUCCGUACUCGGGGCCAUCACCUCUGUACAGCAAAGACUAAAACUGUACAACAAGGUGCCACCUAAUGGCUUAGUGGUGUACUGUGGUACCAUCGUUACUGACGAAGGGAAAGAGAAAAAAGUUAAUAUCGACUUUGAGCCUUUUAAACCAAUCAACACCUCCCUGUAUCUCUGUGACAACAAGUUCCAUACUGAGGCAUUGACAGCCCUGCUUUCUGAUGACAGCAAGUUUGGUUUCAUCGUGAUUGAUGGUAGUGGGGCGCUAUUCGGCACACUGCAGGGGAACACCAGAGAAGUGCUGCACAAGUUUACUGUGGACCUACCCAAGAAGCACGGCAGAGGAGGACAGUCUGCUCUGCGUUUUGCUCGUCUAAGAAUGGAGAAGAGACACAACUAUGUGAGGAAAGUGGCCGAAACAGCUGUCCAGCUCUUUGUGUCAAACGACAAAGUCAAUGUGGCAGGAAUGGUUCUGGCUGGUUCCGCCGAUUUCAAGACUGAGCUCAGUCAGUCCGACAUGUUUGACCCAAGGUUACAAGCCAAGGUUCUGAAGUUGGUAGACAUUUCCUAUGGUGGAGAAAAUGGUUUUAACCAGGCAAUUGAGCUCUCUGCAGAGGUUCUCUCCAAUGUCAAGUUCAUCCAAGAAAAGAAGCUAAUAGGUCGAUACUUUGAUGAGAUCAGUCAGGACACCGGGAAAUACUGCUUUGGUGUGGAGGACACACUCAAAGCCUUGGAGAUGGGAGCUGUGGAGAUCCUCAUAGUCUACGAGAACUUAGACACCAUGCGUUACAUUUUACGUGUGCAUGGGGCCGAGAGCAACGGAGCUGAGAACGAUGAGAAGACUUUGUACCUAACACCAGAGCAAGAGAAAGACAAGUCUCAUUUCACAGAUAAGGAGACGGGGCAAGAACACGAACUGAUCGAGAGCAUGCCACUGCUGGAGUGGUUUGCCAACAACUACAAAAAAUUUGGGGCCACGCUGGAGAUAGUCACAGACAAGAGCCAAGAAGGAUCCCAGUUUGUCAAGGGCUUUGGAGGCAUUGGGGGUAUCUUGCGGUACAGGGUGGACUUCCAGGGCAUGGAGUACCAAGGAGAGGACGACGAGUUCUUUGAUUUGGAUGACUACUAGGUAGUCGGGGACUGAUAUCGGGAGAGAAAAAACACAAAGGAAAGAAUGAAGAAAUAAGGAAAGAAAAAUGCCACCUCUCUUGCAGCAAGUGAGGGGCUCAACUCUGUUGACCACAUAAUGACAGACAACUUCCAAUUUACUUGUUGGCUACACAACGUUGUACAUACAUUUCAUCUGUACACACAUCGAAGUACAUCACACAGGCUGAAGAGAACUUUCAUCCAGAGAGGGAGAAAGCCUUUCCUGAAUAAAUCCCUGCCUUAGAGUGCUGGUUCCUUCCCCCAGUUGGAUUGGACUUGACUCAUUUUUGUUCCUUAUCUCCCCCACUUUUCUCCAUUUUGAAUGAACACAACAGCAAGUUCCCAGAUUAAUUGCUGCCCUCAAUCCUGUAUGAAUACGAACUUUGGAGUCCCCAAAUAUUAGAGAAAAUGAAUUUUCUUUUCCUCCCUGCCUCUUACCUCCCCUCAAUGCUUUAUCUUUUUUUUUUUUUUUUUUUUUUUUUUUUUCAGUUUUUUUUUACUGGCGACUGCUGCUGCUGUUGUAUUUUAUGAGAGUGGGGGAUUUUUUUUACCUGGGUUUCUGUAGAGAAAGGGGGACAAAGUAUUAAAAUUUGAACUGCUGAAAACCAUUGCUACCUCCUCAUCUCCUGUGCUCUCAAACCUUCACCCUCAGUCCACCUGCCUCCUUUGAGAAAGUUGACUAUCUCCUUGCUUUCCUGCCAGAUGUGAUGUAUGCAUGACUGCACAAAGUACUUGUGAGUUCUUUCCUUGAUUCACAAAGAUCCACAUAUUGUUUGAAAGCUAGCGUUUCCAUUUUUUUUUUUUUAGCACAAAUCAAAAUCCUAGUACGUUUGAUUUGCUUUACUACCAAAAUUAAACCCCUCUCAUUUUUGA